AUCGUCUGCUCGUCGUGGAACGUGUAGAAAUGAAGAUGAGAUGGCUCCAGUUAAAAGGCAUCUACCACCAUUUACAGCAGCCAAGACCAGUAAACGGCAUUAAUUUGAUACUACAGACAACAUGCAAGAAUAAAACAAGAGUACUAUCUACACACUGUCCACACCUACCAUUGCACUCAUCAUGUACAACCAGCAAUAUCUGUCCAGUACUCAGUUUUAAAACAUGGCACAUACUAUGUAGACAGUUUCAUGCACUAUCACUACAAAAGCAGUUCUCUGAAUAUCAAGUGAAAGGAUGUACCAGCAUACAUUCCAGUACAUUUACUUGUAAUAAACAAGUGGACAGGUCAAACGUACCAACACUGAAAGAGGACGACUUAGAAGAAAGCUUUGUUCGAGGAAGUGGUCCAGGGGGACAGAGUGUCAACAAGACAGCAAGUGCUUGUGUGCUAAAACAUAUCCCAACUGGUAUUAUUGUUAAAUGUCAUGAAGACAGAAGUUUGCAUAAAAAUCGCACUACAGCUCGUAAGAUGAUGAUUGAAAAACUGGAUCAGCAUUUCAAUGGUGACAUGAGUGUUGCUGCUCAGUUGAAGAGAAUACAGAAUGAAAAGCAAACAAAAGCACAACAAAAAGCAAAGAAAAAACAGAUGAUUAAAAAAGCAUGGAAAGAGCGAGAAGGUUUGAAUGAAAGUUAAAAGGUUUGAGUCAGUAUACUUAACUUUGCAGAUGUAAUGUAAAUUAAGUAGUGUAAAUAAUAAUAAAUGUGUGAUAUAAAAGAUGGGACUUCUUAUAAUAAAUCAUCAGUAUGCAGAAUUUAAUGGAUAUCUUUUGCAGGUAUCACAAAGAACUUUUGUGCAGGACUUAUUGGCCAAAAUUUGUAUUCAUACUAUUGGUUCACUAGUGCUAAUGUGCCUUUAGCAAGGGUCUAAGAAUGGAAUUGCUUUGAUUUUUAUUACAGCUCUUAAAAUCUGUCUGCAUCUGUACAGGUUCAGCAUCUUGUAUGAAUCCUAAAAAGCCAAUAUUGCCUUUUUUUUAUACCAAAGUGGUAACUAAUUCUAUUUCAUUUAGUGAAAAUUUCUAACACAUCACCAUCUGAGGUCAUUAGUGGUGUAUUCAAAAUACAUUAACAUGGUGGGACUUAGGGAAAAGCUCCCAAGUAUAGCAUUAUGAUAAAGUAUUGUGGCAAAAAGGGUAAAAAUCAGUUCACAAUUAGGAUAAGUGGACGGAAGAGGGGGAUGAAGGAAUAGGAAAGAGGUAGAAGAAAAGACCAUGAAAAAUUUGAGGCAAGUGCUGAGCUCAAGGCAGGGUUAUCCGCUACAUUGGGCCUCAGUCUCCAGCUCCGAAGACCUUCCCCAUGACAACAAUAACUAAGAGAAUGGUGGUAAGUGGGAACGAAGUCAUUUUAUCAAAAGGUAAAUAUAUAUAAAAAUAUUU